AAUCACCACUCUCAAGGCCCACAAAUUCCUGUAGGCUCCUUCCACUUCCUAGAAGAUCCGUCUUCAUCGAUUCCUGCAGACUCCUCCCACUUCCUAGAAGAUCCGCCUUCAUCUUGCACCUCGGCUGUUGAUUUCUUUUCCCUUCCUGGACUCGGCCAUCUGCUCGUCCUACCUGGCAUUUCCCAGAAGCCCCAGCGCCGGGAAGGAGUUUGCAGCUGCUCGGUCAUCGUGCGGCCCGACGCGAGCCCGCGCUGGUGUGCAGGCCCGGCUCUGUGCCUGGUCUCUGGUGUGAAGGUUUACGCGAGGCCCCUGCUUCGGUCCCCGGACUAGGCCGCAACCCCGGGCUCCAUGAAGCAGGAGGGCUCGGCGCGGCGCCGAGGCGCCGACAAGGCAAAGCCGCCGCCGGGAGGGGAACAAGAACCGCCGCCGCCGGCCCCCCAGGAUGUGGAGAUGAAAGAGGAGGCAGCAGCUGGGAGCGGCUCCGCGGGGGAAGGAGACGGCAAGGCUGCUGCGACCGAGCACUCCCAGCGAGAGUUGGACACUGUCACCUUAGAAGACAUCAAAGAGCAUGUGAGACAGCUAGAGAAGGCCGUUUCCGGCAAGGAGCCUCGGUUUGUGCUGAGGGCACUGCGGAUGCUGCCAUCCACGUCACGACGCCUCAACCACUAUGUUCUGUAUAAGGCCGUGCAUGGCUUCUUCACCUCCAAUAACGCCACUCGAGAUUUCUUGCUACCCUUCCUAGAAGAACCCAUGGACACAGAGGCCGACCUACAGUUCCGUCCUCGCACAGGAAAAGCUGCGUCAGCGCCCCUCCUGCCUGAGGUGGAAGCCUAUCUCCAGCUGCUCAUGGUCAUCUUCCUGAUGAACAGCAAGCGCUACAAAGAGGCACAGAAAAUCUCUGACGACCUGAUGCAGAAGAUCAGCACUCAGAACCGCCGAGCCCUGGACCUCGUAGCUGCAAAGUGUUACUAUUACCACGCCCGGGUCUACGAGUUCCUGGACAAGCUGGAUGUGGUGCGCAGCUUCUUGCAUGCCCGGCUCCGGACAGCCACCCUCCGGCAUGAUGCUGACGGACAGGCUACCCUUUUGAACCUUUUGCUUCGGAAUUACCUACAUUACAGCUUGUAUGACCAGGCUGAGAAGCUAGUGUCCAAGUCUGUGUUCCCCGAACAGGCUAACAACAAUGAGUGGGCCAGGUACCUCUACUACACAGGGCGAAUCAAGGCUAUCCAGCUGGAGUACUCUGAAGCCCGGAGAACGAUGACCAAUGCCCUUCGAAAGGCACCACAGCACACAGCAGUUGGCUUCAAACAGACGGUGCACAAGCUUCUGAUUGUGGUGGAGCUGCUGCUGGGGGAGAUCCCAGACCGCCUGCAGUUCCGUCAGCCCUCCCUAAAGCGCUCUCUCAUGCCCUACUUCCUUCUCACACAAGCUGUUAGGACAGGAAAUCUUGCCAAGUUCAACCAAGUCCUGGAUCAGUUUGGGGAGAAGUUUCAAACAGAUGGGACCUACACCCUAAUUAUCCGACUGCGACACAAUGUGAUUAAGACAGGUGUGCGUAUGAUCAGCCUGUCCUAUUCCCGUAUCUCCCUGGCGGACAUCGCCCAGAAGCUGCAGCUGGACAGCCCAGAAGAUGCAGAGUUCAUUGUCGCCAAGGCUAUCCGGGACGGUGUGAUUGAGGCCAGCAUCAAUCAUGAGAAGGGAUACGUCCAAUCCAAAGAGAUGAUUGACAUCUACUCCACCCGGGAACCUCAGCUGGCUUUCCACCAGCGCAUCUCCUUCUGCCUGGACAUCCACAACAUGUCCGUCAAGGCCAUGCGCUUUCCUCCCAAAUCCUACAACAAGGACCUGGAGUCUGCAGAGGUGAGCAAGAAUCAAGGGUGGACCUUUUCAAAAGGGAAGCAGGGAGGGACCUGGAGGGCAGGGCAGCCCCUGCCUUGGGUGGAGCCGUCAGCCCCUCUCCUCACAGGAACGGCGGGAGCGGGAGCAGCAGGACUUGGAGUUUGCCAAGGAGAUGGCGGAGGAUGACGACGACAGCUUCCCUUGAGCCAGGGCCUGGGGAGGGGUGGGCUGAGUGGAGACUGGCUUUUUGUCUUUUCCCUCAGAGGUCCCCUGCCCGGGAAACUGUUCUCCGCUUCCCACACACAGCUCACAGACUGCAUAUGUGCAGGGGUCAGGGAUGCUGGGAGCCAACCGUCCCCUUCUUGCUACCAUGCCUCUCUGUAGCUGGUGACAGUACACUGUGGGCAGGAGAACGGGUGGCAGCCUCCUGGAGGCAGAGUCCUGCCUCAUGGUGGUGUAGGCAGCAGGAGGGGACGGACAGAACCAUGGAUUAGGGUGUGGACUAGGGCCUGGAGUUGGGGCACAUUGGGUUCUAUGUUUUUGAAGCUUCAAUUAUGAUUUUUAAACAAUAAAAAGUUCUCCAAAACCCCA